GAAUCAAAAGGUAACUCUCACCUGUUUCUCUCACUCGACUACAAAUCCCCAUCUUCCUCAAUAUCAAAAUUUCCCUGCUUUCUUUCCAACUCUUGGAUCGCCAAACCAGAUAAAUGGUUCGGGAUUAUACGGCUUAAAAUCCUGCUUUCCCUAUCCUGCCAAGCUUGUUGCUGAUUCCGGGAUACAGUCGUCUUCGGUCCAUUUUCGUUCAUUUUCUUUGUUAUGGAGGUGGUAAAUUAAUGGACAACUGGCCUUGAUGCUGUAUUGAGCACAAUCUUCGUGGGUAGUGAAUCUGAUAUGAUCCCUAGGUUUUCAGUGUCUGAAACUCCUGGUGUUACUGGAGAUAGUAUGGACAUUGAUGGUGAUCCCUUUCAUCACUCAGAUGCGAAUCCAAAGAUACUUGAGGCUGAUGUGGAGUUAUCUCGCCAUCGCAUAUCUGUAUUCCUUUCUACACAUACUGCCUAUGAGUUGCUUCCAGAAUCUGGAAAGGUUGUUGCUUUGGAUGUUUCCCUACCUGUUAAGCAAGCUUUCCAUAUUCUCUAUGAACAGGGAAUUUCGGUUGCCCCUCUUUGGGACCAUAAUGUUGGUCGAUUUGUUGGAAUACUGAGUCCAUUAGACUUCAUCUUGAUUCUUAGAGAGCUGGGGAAUCAUGGUUCUGAUUUGACUGAGGAGGAGCUUGAAACCCAUGCCAUAUCAGCCUGGAAAGAGGGAAAAUUACAGCUUACAAGGAAAUUUGACACUAAUGGACCAUUGAAUCCAAGACGUCUCAUUGAUGCAGGGCCUCAUGAUUCUUUAAAAGAUGUUGCUUUGAAACUGUUACAAAACAAGGUUGCUACAAUUCCAAUCAUCUCACAGGAUGGCUCAAUCCCACAGCUCCUACAUUUGGCUUCCUUAACUGGAGUUCUUAAAUGCAUCUGCAGACAUUUUAAACAUUCGCCUGCCUCCUUGCCAAUACUUCAACAACCAAUCUGUUCGAUUCCUUUGGGCACGUGGGUCCCCAAGAUCGGGGAAUCAAAUGGUCGCCCGUUUGCAAUGUUGAGAGCCAAUGCUUCUCUUAGUGAUGCCUUGUCUUUACUGGUUCAAGCUGAAGUGAGUGCAGUUCCUAUAGUGGAUGAGAAUGACUCGUUGCUCGAUAUAUACUGCAGAAGUGAUAUCACUGCUUUGGCCAAAGACAGAGCAUAUGCCCAGAUUCACCUUAAUGAACUCAGCAUUCAUCAGGCAUUACAACUGACUCAAGAAGCAAGUGCAUCAUAUGGGUUUUUUAAUGGACAAAGAUGUCACAUGUGUUUGGGAUCUGAUCCACUGCAUAAAGUUAUGGAUAGGCUCGCUAUUCCUGGAGUUAGGAGGCUUGUUAUAGUGGAAGCAGGAAGCAAGCGAGUUGAGGGCAUCAUUUCAUUAACUGAUUUAUUCAGGUUUUUGAUUGGAUAAUCCUCCACCUCCCAUCAUAUCAACUUAAAGAUGUGUAUGUUGACUCUUUGGUUGGUACAAGUUUCCAGCUUUUUGCCUCAACUUUUCUUUUUUCUUUUUUUAUUAUGUUAUUAGUUUAAAAAGAAAUUUCUGUAAAUUCAAGAGGAUUCUCAAUGUUUUUUUUUUGCCCACACAUCAAUGUAAGGCAUCAUUCUCAUCUCAA